GCGCCCGGAUUCCGCAAUAGCUCCGACAGCCCUUAACGUCAGCAGGCGGCAGGGUUUCUGGUUUCCUGCUGCGCGGCUGCCUCGACCCCCUUUUGUCUCCACACAGCCGCCGCUAUUGGAAGGGCCGCUUAUUUUGGUCGCACGCAGCGGCUUCGACAACACAAGCGCCGCUUUGUCGGGAUUCCUAAUGCGGUGCCAACCUCAGGAAAUGCGAAUUACUGAUUGUAAACAGGAAGGACACAAAAGUUAGGUCACAGUAACCCACUAAAUUUCAGAAGGGUUUCGAUCUGAAUGAACGGGGCUGCAAAAAUGUCCUAAAGCUGUUGCAUUGGCUGGAUGCCAGGACAAUGACCCGUCCCCGUGGAGAUUAUUACUGUACAGCGCAUUCCCUCCGAUGCCAACAUAAUCGCAGAAUUGCGUAAGAGCGAGCGGCGGUCUCUAGGACCCGCCGGCUGCCACCGAGGCGAGCCGUGCGGAAGCAGAAAGCGGUGCUGCGGCUCCAGCUGACCACGAGGUCCCAGCUGUUUCCCGCCAUUGCUGAACUGUUUUACUACAACUCCAAAACCCCCCGAUCUUAAAAAAAACACACACACACGCACACGUCUGCCAACACCAGCUCCGUUUUGAAGAAUGGACGAAAUCAAAGGAUCGAUGGCUUAUUACGCGGGCCCAAAGACACUGCAAGAAUUCCGCAGAGCAGAGAAGGAAGUGAUUGGAGGCUUGUGUAGCCUCUCCAACAUCCCGCUGACGCCAGAGAGCCAGCGGGACCACGACCGGCGCAUCCGCAGGGAGAUCGCCAACAGCAAUGAGCGGCGGCGCAUGCAGAGCAUCAACGCCGGCUUCCAGUCCCUGAAGGUGUUGCUACCCCACACGGACGGCGAGAAGCUCAGCAAGGCUGCCAUCCUACAACAAACAGCAGAGUACAUCUUUACCCUGGAGGAGGAGAAAACCCAGCUGCUGCAGCAGAACGCACACCUGAAGCGUCUGGUACAGGAGUACUCGGGCUCCUCCCCGAAGCGGAAACGGGGCGACGAAUCUGACGAGGGGAUCGGUUCUCCGGAUUCGGCGGACGACGAGCUGGCUGAACUCCGGCAGCACCUGGAGAAGGAGAGAUUGGUGCGGCUCAGCUUGGAGGAGAAGGUGAAAUCGCUGGAGUCGCAGCUGCAGCCCAGCAGGCUGAAGGAGGUGCUGCAGCAGGAGCAGGAGACGGUGCUGGAGCGACACAGGCAGAUGGUGGAGGAGCAGCAGAAAGCCAUUGGCACUGCGCAGCUGCCCGCCACGCACAGUCCGCCGGCCCCAACUCACCACCCGACAGUCAUAGUGCCGGCUCCUCUCCCUCCGAGUGUGCUACAGGUCAACGUCGUUACCAUGGCGCCCAGCUCUGUCAUCAGCUCUGUGUCCACGUCAAAACAGAACCUGGACACCAUUGUACAGGCCAUUCAGCAUAUCGAAGCCUCAGAGCAAGGUAUCAAGGAGGAACCGGUGGGAGUGGAGAAGCAGACCGUACCGUUCCUGAACUUCGAUGGGAUGCAGGAGAGCCUUAAGGACGACAGGCAAUGGCACGAGCUGGUGACGGCCUCGCCGCUGAUAAUCAAGAGCUCCUUUGGUGACGUUGAGACUGAAAGCCAGGAUGCUGCUCAGAGGGAAAUGCUGGCGGCAUUGAGAAGGCCCAAGGUGGACGUGGAGCCAAUCCCCCCUGUCCUACUGCCAGGCGCUAGCGUCUAAACAAGACUGCAGGGCUGUAUCGAUGUGCACUGAGGGAGUGGAGGACUUUGGGGGUCAAUCCAAAAAGUUUGAGAUUAAGGGACCUUUUGAAUGGCGUUUGUCCCAAACUAGUCCCCUCUUCUCCUUCCAGACCAAGAGCAAUCUCGAAGGUACUGUGGUCACAGCCUUUGUAUGAAAUAGAGCAGGUUGAUUACUGUUAACCUGUUCAGGUAUGAUGUAGUUUCCUAUGAAACCCCUCAUUGCCUAAUUGUGAGUUACCAUUUCAAUAGCCCAGAUUUUGUAACUUUUAACACACAAUACCAAAGCAAUCUGAAUGUACCACACACGUCAAAAUCUUCAAUGUAAGAGCAAGUAUACCCGACAGUGACUUGCUGCACAAAAUGUUUAUAAGAACAGCUUAAGAAUGGUAGUAACACACACAAAAUGCUGGAGGAACUCAGCAGGCCAUGGAAAAGAAUAAACAGUCAACGUUUUGGUCUGAGACCCUUCAAUAGGACUGGAGAAAAAAGAUGAGUCAGUAUAAGAGGGUGAGGGAGAAUGUCAGUGUUUGUUUUGAUUGCCUGUUGAUAAGACAGUACUUUUCUGUUUGUCCUCUUCUGGCAGGAAGUACCUCCCUGCAGUACAUUUAGUGCCAGCUGUUCCCAGUCUGUGCAGCUGGUUGUUGCAGGGCUGGCCUUGGUCACAAAGUGAGCUGCUGUCUUUGUCCGAUGUUCUAACAACUGUUACUUAAUGGUAUUUAGGCAGAGUAACGAUUGUUAAUGGUUAAAAGUGGACACUCACAGCAACUCAAAAUUGAAAUGCCUCCCUUGUGAUUAUUGUGACUUGGCAGCACAGCAGGCCUGGGUCUUACUGAAGUCUGUUUCUGGGAUUACCAGUGCCUCCACGUAAUCCUCAGAUGGUGUUUCUAAUUCAAGAUCAUAGCUCCUUGCAAGUGGCUACACAGGUUGAUACGGUAGUUAAGAAGGCUUGCUCUUAUUUGUCAAAGCAAUGAGUUCAAAAGUCCCAAGAGGUUAUGUUGCAACUUUAUAAAAGUGGUUAGGCCACAUCUGCAGAAUUGCGCACACUUGUGGUUGCCUCACUAGAAGAAGGAUAUUGAGGCUUUGGAGAGGGUGCAGAAGAGGUUUACCAGCAUGCUACCGAGUUUAGAGAGCACGUGCUAUCUUGAGAAGCUGAAUAAGGUUGGGUUGUUUUCUCUGGAGCGGUGGAGGCUGAGGGGAGAGCUGAUAGGAGUUUAUACAGUUAUGAGAGGCAUAGACUGGACAGAGAGUAUCUGUUUCCCAGCGUAGAAAUGUCUAAUACCAGAGGGCACACAUUAAAGUGAGAGGGGUUAGGUUCAAAGGGGAUGCGAGGGGCAAGUUUUUUUUACUCGAGUGGUGGAUGGCUGGAAUGUGCUGUCUGGUAUGGUGGUGCAGGAAAAUACAUUAGAGGCUGUUAUGGGAUGUUUAGAUAGGUACAUAGACAUGAUGAAGAUGGAGGGAUGGUGUAGGCAGGAGGGUGUUUUAGCUGUUUGGCACAACACUAUGGGCUGGAGGGUCUGUUCCAUGUUCUAAUGGAUGAGUGGAUCUGUGGAUACUUACAUAAUCAAUAUUUCCAGCCCAUUGACUUUCAACUAAACAUGAUGGUCUUAGCAAAAACCUGGUGCUUCUCCAGUGGAAAUGACUAUGUACGUACCUUCAAGGAUGCUCUGCGACUGGAUUGAAAAGUGAGUCAGGGGGAGAUUGAGCUGGUAACUAGUGAAAAAAAGAUUGCAGACUGUCAACUAAGAUUCAACAGACCCUGUUUUCAUGUAGGCUAUGUCUUUUCAAGCUAAUUCUUAGGAUGACUAACUGCUGUGUGGUGCAAAGGCUACAUGGUGGUCACUACAGGGUGCGACAUGAAGUUCUACGUGGGUGAUGCCUUUUUUUACGUAUACACUUUUUAAAAUGUUUGAGAUGACUUUAAAAGAAUCUUAGGAUGCUGUUUUUUUUUGGCAUUGUGGAACUACAGAAUGAAAUUAUCCUUUUAUUCUGGGAAAGAUGACUGAAACCUAGUCCCAACAGUGCUGCACCUUUCUGUGCACUAUUAGAGUGGGUGGGGGGUUGUGGGGAGAGUUGUAUAAAAUCUGUUUAGGGCUCUUAAAUACGUUUUUAAAGGUUGUUUAUUUUCCUAAAUGUUUCGCACUUCAAACUGCAGUAUAACUUUUGGACCAUCUGUGCUUAAAUGCUUUGUGCAUAAGAUUGUAUGCCUUUUUUUUUAUGAAAUCUAAUCAGCUGUAAACUAGUUUGUGUAUUUUUAAAGAGUGGUAAUUUAUCUUGAAUAAUAUUACAUGGAACACAAUCACCUCUGAUCUUUAUGCGCCAGAGGGGCUCCAAUGAAUUGUGGAAACCAUAGAAAAACUACAGCACAGAAACAGGCCUUUUGGCCCUUCUUGGCUGUGCCGAACCAUUUUCUGCCUAGUCCCACUGACCUGCACACGGACCAUAUCCCUGUACUGACCAGAAAACUUUUUGCUGAUCUUCAAAGCAGCAAAGGAGCUCUUCAGGAGGUCUGUAGGAGAAAAGGCCACAGCUGGAAGUUUUCUACUCCAACAAAUGCACAGUACCUGCUAGAUGGGCCAAAGGGCAUAUUUCCAUGCUGUAAUAUUCUCUAACUCUCUGCCUAUGGGCACACUUAGGGUGCUGUUGGGCUGGGGUGUGUUACCACCCUAGAGUUACCCUUAGAAAACAGUCCCAGUUCACCUGGAAUAUGACCACUGUUUCAUAUCAGCCUGCGACUUCCAGGUGGGCAAAGUUCAGUGUCUUGUGAAAAUGUCAAACUGAAUACUACAGUAGAAUUCACCUGUUGGUUUCCUUUGGCCAGUUACUUGUGGAUUUGGUGCUCAUUGUCAAGCAGCCAGAUGAGUCACUUAAGGCAGGGAUCAGUAAACAACAACUUGUCAUUAUUUUCACACCCUGCCUUUUUUUUGCUGGUGAGGGAGUCUUGUGCUUUGUCUCAACAUCACAUUCAGCUGCAGUGGAUAUUAGCUGUGGCCAGCUUGUACAGUUGGAUACUAAGGCUGAAAAUGAGAACUUAGAAAGGGUUAGUAAAGGCUAUUUAGAACCUCCCAGGUCUAACUCACAAAUCAUUUUGAUGAGGCCCAAUAGUUUGACUUCUCUGUAUAGGUUGGUCUGGUAAUUUUAUUAUGUUUUUUGCAUUUUAAAGAAACUUUACAUUUGAAAUUAGCGAAGAGCCUGGAACUGUUUGGCCACCAAGAGGCUGAGUGGGCAUGAUGGACUAACCUGUUGCCGUAACUUCAUUCCCUCCUGAACCAGCUGGCAACAGAGACCAGCCGUGAUCAAGAACAAGCUAUAUUCUGGGGAUUUGAAAUGAAGACAGAAAAGAUUGGAAACAUUCACUAGCAUCUGCGAAGAGAGACAGAGUUAAUGUUUCAACUCUUCUAGCCUCAUGAGUAUUUUCCGCAUUUCCUGACUGGAAAGUUUCAGCCAGUUGGUCUGAUUGACCUACAGUAGCAUGGUGGUUAGCACAAUUGUUUUACAGCACUAGUGAUUGCCAAUUGGGGUUCAAUUCCUACCACUGGCCGUAAAGUUUGUACUUUCUCCCCACGACCAGGUAGUUUCAAAGACAUACGGUUAGGGUAAGGUAGUUGUGGGCAAGCUAUGUUAGUAUCAGAAGCAUGGUGACUCUUGCAGGCGCCCCCAGAACAAUCCUUGCUGAUUUAUUUUCCUGCAAUCUGCCAAUAUUCCCCUAAACUAAUAUCAGUCCAGUCAACCACUAGUUUGUUAACGAUACCAGUCAACCACUUCCUCCAGCAACUCAUCACCCUUGGUGUGAAAAGGUUGCCCAUUUUAAAUCAUUUCCCUCUCACCCAGAUCGGUGUCUCAUAAUUUGCAUUCUCUCUCUCUCUCUUCCUAUCUACUUACUGUCUGACCUGCUGGGCAUUUCCAGCAUUUGGUUUUCAUUUUAGGCCCAUGAAAGAGAGUAGAUACCGGUGGUUGCAGACAGCAAUUGGGACAGAAGAUAUAACUAAUGUUGCUUAAGGUUGUUAUAGCCGGGGGGGGGGGGGGAAGAGAGAGAGAGCGGUGUGGUAAUGGGGACAUGCUCCUGAUGGUGUGCACCUCUGACAACCGAGUUCCUGGCCUUCCUUCACAUGUGGCUUAGCUACAAAGCCUGGCAGAACUGCUCCUACUGACAGAAGGGACAAAGGCAGGUUACUGGAGCCUUAAAACCAGUUGCUUUGGGCAGAUGCGACUUGUCAGUCAUGGUUGGUAGCUAUACCCACUCUUGGGGAUGGCUUCAAGAGUAACCCCCCCCCCCCACCAGUGAAAAAUCCAGAGCUGGAGUCCCUAAAGCAGUCCGACAUUGAGUUUAACACUGACUGGUAACUCCUUGAGGCUGCUGGUGCCAGACUGAGUGUCUCUGCCAUUCCUUUGGGUUCAUCAGAUGUGUGGAGACGGGGAGCUUGCUACAUGAGCAACAGUUUGCUCUCCAUAUUGUACCGCCCUGGUUUGGGUAUCUAGACUGUUGGGAUGCAAUAUCCAUGGUUGAUCUUAGCCACUGAAGGCCUCUCCCUCUCUCUAUAGACACACCACACACUAUAUAUAACAAGAGCAAGGGGAACAUUUAUUGCUGUACAUUUUCCACCAGAUCAGUGCUGAAAAGUACAGUACAGGACACACACAUGACCUUUUAUCAGAUAGUAAAGCACCACAAUUUUUCUUUCAAAAAGCAAUGUAAUUAUUGCAGUUUGGAUUCUGUGUUUAUUAAAGAAAGGGGUGCUCUAGGGAAUGGGAAGAGAACCAGCUUGCUGCUUUCUCACUCACAUGGGGAAGAAAUCAUGGAUGAAGGCACUCCCUUCAAAUGAGAUAAUAGUAGUUGCCACUUCAUUAUGUUUCACAAACCUAACCUCAGCUUGACAGGUGUAACUGAUAAGGAGAGGGUGAAGGAGUGGACAGUGCUUCCCCCCUCCCCCAUCAAUCAGCCAUGACACACCACUUUAGUCGCAAGAGGUUAAAACUUUUACAUGGACACCAGAAACUACUGUUCGUGUUGUUAAACUCCUUCAGUAGCACAAUGCAUUCAAUAUCAUUCACAUUUUUUUGAAGUAAGGUGAAAAAUCAGGUUAGGAUACUUAAUUCCCUUUAUCAAUCUUACAUUGUUUUUCCUCUUGCCUCACCGAGAGCCUGAUUUCUCUUAUGUUACACUGUCCAC